AUGGCUUUCUCCUUUACCCCACAACCGCAACAGCAAUCCCCAUUCCAACCCUCGCCAUUUCCCCAAACCACUCCAUUUCAACAGCAGCCGCAGCAAUUUCAAUUCCAACCCCAGCUCCCACAAUUGCAACAGCAACAGACGCAGCAUCCUCAGCAGCUUUAUCUUUUUACUAAUGAUAAAAGUCCCGCUACUUAUAGCACCAAAUGGGAUGACCUCCACCCUGACUCGCGAAAACUCCUCCUGCAAAUUGAGGAGAAAAUAUUGGAGUACAGGGAUGAGAGCCAGCGAUUGGAUCAGUGCAGUCGGCUUUAUGAUUCUUCGGUUUCUAGCCAAGGAUUUGAACUUGAUGCCUGUCAGAUUGUUCAGGAACUUGGUGGAAUUGGUAUGUCAAACCUUUCUGUUUUUCGUUAUAACGUAGAGCUAAUGACUGUUGUCAAAGAUAUGUUAAGAAAUGCCGAGGUGGCUGUUCGUUCUUACAUGAUGUUGCGACCGAGGUUUCUUCACCAAAAUAAAGCUGCUGCAGCAAGUGCUGCCGCAGCAUCCCAAACAUCAGGAGCAACAGAAGGUCUGACAUCCAGUAAUCCAUCCCCGGCUAAUUCUAUGAUGCCAGUGUUUGAUUUUUAUAGUGGUAUCACGAAUAAACCAUCCCCAUUUUUGCAAAAGACUAUUGCCAGAUUUGAGAAGUAUCUCUCCGAUUGUCGCCAGUGGAUUGAAGAGCUAGAACAGUUGAUCAUCUUACAUUCUGACAAGAACUCUUUCAAUUCAAGUUCAUCCUUGUUGCAGUCUCUUCCCAAAGUAAUGUCUAAUGUACAUGGCUUUUUUGUUCACGUUGCAGCAAAGGUGGAGAGCAUCCAUCAGUACAUUGAAUCCAUGAAAACUGCGUACAUUGCUGACCAACACCGUCGUGGGGAUGGGAACGAUCCAUUUCUUGAGGCUGAUCGACGGGAAACAGCCAAACAAGAGGCUGCUGCUCGAAGGGUGCACCCAACUCUACAUUUGCCUGCAGUUUCACAACCAUCAACUCAAGUUGCUGGACUGCUUACCAGCUCCGCUGCAACUGGGACAUCAACUACACCAAGUAUGUUUGCUGCAGCAUCAGCUUCAUCUGGAAGUGGAACCUUACUCUUUGCUACUCCAUCUGCUGCCAUAUCACCUUCUCUGUUUUCCACUCCUACCACAUCUGCUCCAGUCUCCUCUUCGUUUGCAUCUUCUGGUGCAGCCCCUCAGACUUCACCUUUGGGGGCAUUGUCUGUUUCCACCUCAGCUUUUGGCACUUCGGCUUCAUUAUUUAGUUCAACUCCUCCUUCUGGACUCUCAACUUUUUCAACUCCUUUUGCUACAGGAGCUACAACAGACUCAGGAGCGAGCUUCGGGACUAUUUCAGUGAGUAAUUUAAUUUCGUAUUUUAGUUAUAUCUGGGCAGGCUUUUCAUAUCUUUCCCUUCGCUUCCUCACCUCUUACUCGCUCCCUGGAAAUCUGUCAUCUCAAAAGAAGAAUAUGCUUUGCAUAUGA